AUGGAAUUAACUUUGCAAUUUCUUCCGGCUGAUAAAAAAAAAGAAGCUUAUCAAAAACUAAAAGAAAGUUAUAAGGAUACUUUAGUAGAAGAUUGUUGUAAUCAACAAUAUCAAACCGUUUCAACUGUAACCAAUGAAAUCAAAAUUGAUAGUUGCCGUAAUUGCGUUUAUCCCGGAGCCUCUAUUGGUCUAGCCAAGAAGGGAGCAGUAGAAAAGUUUCGGCAACGAGCCCAAAAAGUCAAAUUGAAAAAAACUUAA